GUUUUUAAAUGGCCUAACAUGUUUCCUGGCUUGUUUUAAACACAAUAAGCAUGGGUAUGAAUAUCAGGGGGAGCUUUCUAGGGGUUUUACUACAACAAAUCUUCCCGAGAGUGAAUGGGUAAAGCAGGAUUGAAAACUGCUAAGUUCAUCCAUUCAUAGACACAAUUCCCUUAUUAAUAAAAACCAGCAGCAGCAAAAACUGUCCCAGCCGAAUAGUGGCUGUGGGAGGGACGAAUCCCACAGCCCGAGCCCAAGGAUGCAGGGAGUGGGGAAGGUGGGGGGUUCCCCCAACUGCGGGACAUGAAGAGGAAACCAGUUGGUGGCAACAUAUGUGUAUUGUAUUUCUCUGAAAAAAUUUGCAACUUGGCUAAUUAAAUUCCUGGCGCUGAACUGGUCCUUGGCUGAGAUCAUGGCAGGGAGGGUUGGGUUUUUUUUUUUUCCUCCUUACAGGAGUUCCCUCCUUCUUCCCAUCCUCCGCCUAUUAAAACAAGUCAAGUCUCCCUUGUUAAAAGACCCCAUAACGUGGAAGAGGCAGAAAAGCAGCAGCAGCAGCAGCAGGAAAGAAAAAGACGUCUGGAAAAUAUUACCCGUUUGCUGCUGCUGCUGCUGAGAAACCUCAUUGAAACAGUUACUCGGGCAGCAAGGUAUCACCAAAGAGACUUUAUCUGAUGCUGAUCUCUCAAACUUUCAGACGCUGCCUUACAACUUCUCCAGGCUCCUGGCUAGCCGGGUUUGAAAUAAGAUCUUCAGCUUCGACCACGAGAAACUAACUCCUAAUUUAUUAUUCCUAACUUUUUUAAUUAUUAUUAUUAUUAUUAUUUUAUUAUUAUUAUUAUUACUAUUAUUUGGGAAAAAAAAUCCCACAACUUUGAGCUAGAAACUGAAGCAGAGAAAGACAAAUACAUGAUAAUUGUGAAAACACGUGGGAGAAAAUGAGUAGGACUGAAUAGCCUUACACGAUUUUUUUUAUUAUUUUCAUUUUUAAUUAUUUUUUAUUUCUGAGCGUCUCAAAAAGUCCCUGAAAAGUGCGAUUUGUUCUUUUACCUCAAACUUGGAAACUAUUCAGCGGGAGCAACGGUACGUGAGACCACACAGUUGGCUGGAGCCCCUCUAUGACCAAAGGACAGAAGGACAAACAAGAUGUAUUGUGAGAGGUUUAUAUGUAUCCUGAGAAUACUUGGAACCACACUCUUUGGGGUGUCCCUCCUGCUAGGAAUCACCGCUGCUUACAUUGUGGGCUACCAGUUCAUCCAAACAGACAACUACUACUUCUCCUUUGGACUCUAUGGUGCUAUCCUGGCAUCACAUCUCAUCAUCCAAAGCCUGUUUGCCUACCUAGAGCACAGGAAAAUGAAACGGUCGCUAGAGACUCCAAUCAAACUGAACAAAACAGUUGCCCUUUGUAUUGCUGCCUAUCAAGAAGAUCCUGACUACUUAAGAAAAUGUUUACUUUCUGUAAAAAGAUUGACCUACCCUGGAAUUAAAGUUGUUAUGGUCAUUGAUGGGAACUCAGAAGACGACGUUUACAUGAUGGACAUUUUCACUGAAAUCAUGGGUAGGGACAGUUGUGCCACUUAUAUCUGGAGAAAUAACUUCCACGACAAAGGUCCAGGUGAGACAGAGGAGUCUCACCGAGAGAGCAUGCAACACGUAUCUCAGCUGGUCCUGUCCAACAAAAGUGUUUGCAUCAUGCAGAAAUGGGGUGGAAAAAGAGAAGUAAUGUACACAGCAUUCAAAGCACUGGGGAGAAGCGUGGAUUAUGUACAGGUCUGUGAUUCAGAUACAAUGCUUGAUCCAGCCUCAUCAGUGGAGAUGGUAAAAGUUUUAGAAGAAGAUCCAAUGGUUGGAGGAGUUGGAGGUGAUGUGCAGAUUUUGAACAAAUAUGAUUCCUGGAUCUCCUUUCUGAGCAGCGUGAGAUACUGGAUGGCAUUUAACAUUGAAAGAGCCUGUCAGUCCUACUUUGGCUGUGUACAGUGCAUCAGUGGACCUCUGGGAAUGUACAGAAACUCUUUACUCCAUGAAUUUGUGGAAGAUUGGUACAAUCAAGAGUUUAUGGGCUCCCAGUGCAGCUUCGGAGAUGACAGGCAUCUAACUAACAGAGUGCUAAGUCUGGGCUAUGCAACAAAAUACACAGCUAGAUCCAAGUGCCUUACGGAAACACCGAUAGAGUAUCUCAGGUGGCUGAAUCAGCAGACCCGCUGGAGUAAAUCCUACUUUAGAGAGUGGCUUUAUAAUGCCAUGUGGUUCCACAAGCACCAUUUGUGGAUGACCUAUGAAGCUGUAAUCACUGGAUUCUUUCCUUUCUUCCUUAUUGCCACAGUCAUUCAGCUCUUCUACAGGGGAAAAAUCUGGAACAUUCUCCUCUUCCUGUUGACAGUUCAGUUAGUUGGCCUGAUAAAGUCUUCCUUUGCCAGCUUCCUUAGGGGCAACAUUGUCAUGGUUUUCAUGUCACUCUACUCAGUGUUGUACAUGUCAAGUUUACUGCCAGCAAAGAUGUUUGCAAUUGCCACGAUAAACAAAGCAGGGUGGGGCACGUCAGGAAGGAAAACCAUUGUAGUUAAUUUUAUAGGACUCAUUCCAGUCUCCAUUUGGUUUACAAUCCUCCUAGGUGGCGUAAUUUUCACUAUUUACAAGGAAUCAAAAAAGCCAUUUUCUGAGUCAAAACAGACAGUUCUCAUCAUUGGCACAAUACUCUAUGCAUGUUACUGGGUUUUGCUUUUGACUUUGUACAUGGUUCUUAUCAACAAAUGUGGCAGGCGGAAGAAAGAGCAACAACACUACGACAUGGUGCUAGACGUAUGAUGUUUCCGUGGGAAGUUACCCAGAGUUGUAAAGCAACCCAACGACCUUGUAGUAUCUGUGGCAUCAGACAUAUGUUGCCAAGGGAAAUGGAUCACUGCUGCUGGGAAUAGGACACUUAUAUUCCUCUGGGUUCAUUUUCAUCCUGCCAAAGUAAGGAGAAAAAAAAAAAAAGAAAAAAAGGAAAAAAAAAUUUUUUUUUUGUUUCCAAGGGGGGAAGGACGCAAACCACACAGUUACGACCUGUUCACAAGAAAAGGGGAGAACUUCUAUGUUUAUGCACUUUUUUAUUGUGCAUAUGCCUGACAGUGUUACGUUCUAUAUACCUCACUGGUCAUGCUUAUGUGUGUGGACAGAAAGAAAGGGAGUUUGGAGAAACAAGAAAAGGACCGUACAACCCCUUGCAACCUAAUUUAUGAACUUCUCUUUUUUUAUAGUUCUGUUUAUAGGAAGGGUCUUUUGUUUUAGGCUGCCAAAUGUAAUGCCAAAGGUAAAUUUUAAGAGGCCAUUGGCUGAGCUGUAUUUUUAUAUUAUUGUAUUAUUUGUGUGUGUGUAUUUUUAAGCCAACUUUUUUUUAAAUCACAUAUUUUAUAUUUUACUAUCUGCCAAAAAAAGCUGCCUCCCCAACAUUUUGUUCUUUAGCCUUUUAGAAUAUAUUUGGGGACAAAAAAACAUACAUUCUCCCCCCAAAUUUCUGCUGAAAUGAUAUAGUUCACAACAGAAAGAAUAAAAAGUCUCUCUGCAUUUUUGCAACUAAUGAAUGGUUAUUUCUGUGAAAAAGCAUUUAAAUGUGCUCUUUUAAGGCAUUUAUUAGGAAAGGCCCAAAGUUAUCAGGUUUUGCAUACAAGCAUAUUUGUGCAUAAUAAAAGGCCAAAGGGGUAGAUAUGUGCAAUUUGGGGUUUUUGUUUAAUAACAUUGUGAAAGGGAAAUUUCCUUCUCUGCUGAGAACUUAAUAUCCCUGGCAUGCACAAUAAACCAUAAGGCAAGGCAGGCCUCCAUGCCACUGGAAAAGACAUUGCUAUGGAAAGCCUCACACUGAUUGUAUUUGGGACCUGAGCAGUCAAAACUUCUGAUCUGGAAAAAUAUUGGGCAUCUGAAAUUGCUGUUGAAUUCACUAAUGGUCAUAGUUGUUCAUAAUCUUCUAGUACCACGCAAAUAGUUCAGGUUUUGUAUUAAAAAAAGGAAGGAAAACCUUACCAGCAUUUUCAAAAUGUGUGUGUUGUACUAUAAACCUUCCGCAGAGCUCUUCAUACAGUUUACAGGAAAUAAACACAUCACCUUCUCUGAUAUCCAGGGUAAUACAGACCCCAGUACUGGGCCCAAUAAUUUGUUUUUGACUACAGCAUAUCUACCAGAAAAGAAGCCAAAUUUUUUUUAUCAGAAAACAUCAAGCCUUAGCAAAUGCAUCACUUCCUUGGUGCCUAAUAAUCAGUCUUGAACAUUUAUUUUGGACCAUAGUUUUGAGAAACAAUAUUCAGGACUAAAUUCUGCAGAUGUUCACCAGCCAAAGGAAUGUGGCAUUGAGCCCUAAUAUACUUUAUAAAGAGCAACAGAAAGACCAACUGCCCUUUUUAGAUUCUGGUAUUAAAAGCACUGUGGUAAAGCAGAAAUCAGCAUAUGAUGCUUAAAGAACUCAGAAGCAUUUUCAGCUUCUCUUUUUUAUGCAGACAUGAAUAGAUUCUGCUGUAGAAUGAACUGCACACACACUACCUUAUUGUCUGAUUAUCUUGAGGUACAUGAUUGCUUGAAAGUCAUACUAAUAUUUUGUUAAUGAUUGGAGAGUUGAUUCAUGUUGAUUACAAAAUAGAACAGUAUUAAAAAGAAGCAAGAGAAACGGUAAAAAUCAAAAAAACUUGACUAUGCCUUUUAACUAUUUAUGAUGUAAGUUAAAGCUUGGGUUAACAUUCAAAUGUCAAAUAAAUCUUCUCAUUCUAUAAAAAGAUUGAAUUAAUUGCCUGUAUUUAUUCUAGCAAUUAUUCAAUGUAUUUCCAAUAUAGGUUGUAUAGUAUAAUUGUUACGUUCAUAAAUAAAAUAUUUUUGAUAAGAUUAUGACUAA